AUGGUAACAACACUACACGAUACAUUAAACUAACACAAGGGAGUUACAAAACUUUAAUUAGCAAUUUGAGCUACUUUAAAAGAAUUUUAUUUUAUUGGUUUAUAAUUUUGGGUUAAUUAUUGUAGACCGUAAUGUUUCCUAUUAACCAUCAUUACAAAUGCAAACAAACUUUUUUUUAAUCCUCAAAAAGUAAAAUGUUGUUAAAAAUGUCUCCAGUCGAGGAAGAUUGUUUAUGUGUCAGUGUAUUUAAUAAAUAAGUAAAUCAUCUGCAUAAAGGAGUAAAGACAGUUUUUAUGGUCUAUUAAACACUGUUAAGUCUUGAAUAGUCAAAAACACACACAAAACACACACUACCUCUAUGUUACAGUUUUAUAAAUCACACUCUGUUCCUUCCUCUUCGCUUUAUCUUCAUGGAGCCUUUCUACCAUCUACUUCCAUCCUCCACCACCCGUGACCUCCCCUCCCCUCACCCCUCGUUGAGAAGGCUUGACCUGCAAGCUAUCACCAACGACUGGCUGUCUCUCACAAUGGACACCUCAGCGUCCACUCCAGCUCACUCCGUCACAACCACCCCUGUACCUCCCACACCUCCCCCUCUUCCAACUGACCUUGCAUCUUUCCGAAAGGUUCAGGAGCCUAGGACACCCCCACCUUCACCUUUACCUGCACCGACACAAAGAGGCCUCCCUCUUUCACCCCUGACAUUUUCCAGAACGCCACCUUUUAAAGAAGGGAGACUCAGUUUAGGUCACACACCAGUUGUUCUGCCUUUCUGCCAAAUUUCUACUCCUUCUCCUCAUCCUCCUCCUCCUCCUCCUCCUGCCCAUCAUUCCUCACUCACCUCUCCAUUGCCAGACUCUUCUCUCCGAUACAACGGGGGGUUCACUGAAGCUGGCCGGGUAUUACACAUUGCUAAGCCAGAGGUUUUUUCUUGCACAAAGCCAGAACCAAUAAACACCCCCACACAAAUUGCACUGCGACACAAGUCCACGACACCAGUAAACAAAAGCAGCAAAACCCCUGACGUUAAGCUGCAAGUAAAAGACCCUUAUGACGAGCUGCUUUCUAUGAUACUGAAUGGUUCUACCAAUAUAGACGAUGCUGACUUUUCAAGAUUGUGUCCAGUAGAUUCUUCACCAGUUACGCUAACCAACGAAUCCCAGAGCAGGUUUAAGCUAAAAGCAGAGGAAUCCCAUCAGCCAGCAGGGAAACCCCCAGCAGUCACUCCAGCCAGCAAACCAGCAGGCAGCAUUCGGUUAGCGGUGCUGUUUCACAAGCCUGUGACGAUGAAGCCACUGUCCAUCACCUGGGGAAGGCAGCCAAAAACUCUGAAUGAAGAUGAACCAGUCGAGUUUCAAAGGCCACCGCCGCUCAAGGGGAAGAACUAUUCUGAGUUGUUCAUUGAGGAAGAGGAUGAAGCUUUAGAAGAGAAAGAGGAGGACAUUAGAGUUUUAAAUGAAAGCCUCAGUCCACAGGCUGAUGUUUCGCCUUCCACCGUGAUACGGCUUUCUCACCCUGGCCUCUCCUCACCCUCCAUACCACCACCUCUGACCUCCUUACCUCCCCCUUCUUCUUCUACCUCUUCUUUUGCUCCUCCUUCGUCUUCUUCCUCGUGCUCACAACAGCAUGAUCAUAACACUAUCCCUCCAUCUCCUCCUUGCUCUCCUCGGCCCCCAUCCCUUCCUCACCUCACAACAUCGCCCCUAUCUCCAGUGUCUCCCUCUCCACCUGUCUCACCAGCUCCCCUCGACUCCUCUCACCCCUCUCCAAACGUUCUCUCACAGCAUUCAGUCUCUCAACCCUCAAGCGCUCCCUGUCCUUCUCUUCCCAUCACAGCCUGCACCGACUCAAAGUCACCUAUUCACCUUCCUGCCCCAUCUCCCCCUAAACCAGCCUCUCCUCCCCUCGCUACUACACACUCUCCCCCAACUCCCCCCACUGUACCCCAUCCAGGACAUAGGUCUCCUAAGGUGAAGCAGGAUCCAGUUGUUGGUGGUAAACCUCCUCGUAGCCCCAUCUUGUCCCGGAGGUCCUAUCUGUCACCCGUUAGAGGUCGAAGGGUAGGGGGGCAUGUCUUCAUUCAACCAUGCUCUUACUGUACUCUUGUCUCUGUGCAGGGAGGAAAUAACCAUAUCAUUCAUGACGGAUCAUCAAAUAUUCUGUAACAUACAUGCUAAAGCAUGCUGUGCUUCUAAAUAGACUGUCAGUUUCCUUACUGAAAAGGAGAUAUUGUUGUAUCCCUGAGUGAGAACAUCACACAAGAGCUACUGUUCAGCCUCUUCAAACCCUAAACUUAAGCCCCACAAAAAACACAUUUUGAUUUACUGUCUUUGUUUCUCUCUCUCUCUCUCUCUC